AACAGAUCGAUAACUUCACACCGCGAGCGAUAGUGAUCGAUAACUGCACGUCUGCCGAAGCUGGCCACUAACUGAUUCUGAGCAUGGACGAGUCCGAGGCGUACAGUUCAGAGGACGAGGACAUCUCUCUGACCGGAAGUGACUUUGAGUUCCAGCUGACAACCUCCAAGAGAAAACUCAACUCAACUCAGGAAGCAGCAUCUCCUAAGAGGGUUCGUCAUCCGUCAGUCAGUGGCUCCAGCCAAUCACAGACACCGGAGGAGUCUCAGGGCCUCAGGCCGCGCAGCGCUCAGGCGGACGGCCGCGCCACUGCCUGUCAUCUGUAUGAAGCUGUGCGGUCUGGCCGCAGCGCACUGCUGACGGUGAUAGAUGAUUGGCUGGAGGAGUACAGAAGAGACAGAGAGGCGGGGAUUCUGGAGCUCAUCAACUUUGUGGUUCAGUGCAGCGGCUGUAAAGGUGUCGUCACCAGAGAGAUGUUCAGCCGCCUGCAGAACGCUGAUAUAAUUAGUCAGCUGACUACAGAGUUUAAUGAGGACUCUGUCAGUUAUCCUCUGGUGUCAGUGGGCUCUCAGUGGCGGCGCUUCAGUGAAGGCGUGUGUGAGUUUGUGUCUCUGCUGGUUCGUGGCUGUCGUAACAGCCUGCUGUACGAUGAUUUUCUCUUCUCCUCGUUCAUCGCUCUGCUCACGGGUCUGGCCGACUCGCAGGUCCGCGCCUUCAGACACACCAGCACGCUCAUCACCAUGCGGUUGAUGUCGUCGAUAGUGUCUGUCGCUGGGGAGGUGAACGCUCAAGCGCUGAUGACCCGGAGACGCUGUGAGCUGGAGAAGAACAAGUCAGUUGAACACAGAGCCAUAGACCGAAUAGAAGAACUGGAGGACUCUUACAGAGAGCUGCGGGAGCAUCAGGAGGACUUGCGCUCUCUAAUGAAUGGGAUCUUUAAGGGUGUUUUCAUUCAUCGGUAUCGGGACAGAGUUCCUGAAAUCCGGGCUGUCUGCAUGGAGGAGAUGGGGGUGUGGCUCAGAGAAAACCCCGCCUCUUUCCUCAAUGAUGAGCACCUCAAAUACGUGGGCUGGAUGCUGCACGACAAGCAAGCUGCUGUGCGACUGCAGUGUGUGUUGACUUUGCAGAAACUGUAUGUGGAGAAGGAUUUCAUCAGCCGGUUAGAGCUCUUCACCAGCCGCUUUAAGGAACGGAUUCUGUGCAUGAUUCUGGAUAAAGACUCUGAUGUGGCAGUGGAAACGGUGAAGCUGUUACUGCUCAUUAAACAGCAGACAGAGGAAGGCCUGAGUGAGGAGGAGUGUGCUGCUGUGUAUCCACUGGUUUUUGCCACACACCGAGGUCUCGCCUGCGCAGCCGGACGAUUCCUGUACCACAUGUAUGUUCAGCUUCAUCGUGACAUCAUCAUCGUCACCUCCACACAAACCAUCACGAGCGUCACGUGUGGAGGACGAGCUGGAGAGCGCUCUGAUUGA